GGGCGAAAGGAGGGGUUGGAGUGACGCUGGCUUCGAUGCCUUUGCUCUUUGGUGCUGAGCUGAGCAACGCUCUUCACCUGCAGAUGAGAGAGCGAGGGAAGUAGGGACGGGCUUUCUACUUCUGAAGAGCUUACCACUGGAAGUGCGGAGCACAGGGGGAACAAACCAGCUAUCACACCGCGGGGAAAUUAUACAAUUACCAGAGAAGAAAUACGAGCCUUUUAGCCUUUUCCAGCUCAAGCAGCCUCCGCUUGCUUGCAACGAUGAAAACUGUCUCCAUUCUCAUGCUGACAGCAGCCUUACAACUGGCCACGUUUUGGGGGACUAAUGGAAAGCUCGCGUCCAAAGCCCCCUGCAGACCUGGCUUCUCACAAAGUUUUUACUCCGUGCUUAUUUCAAGGGAUGUACUGCAAGGCCGGAGCAUACUUCAAGAUUCCACCGUGUCAUCUCCGAAAGUGAGUUUUGAUGACUGUAUGGCGAAUGAGGGGGUGGUCUUUCAGAGCAGUGACCCCAGGUUCAGCAUUGGUGCUGACGGGUCCAUCUACACCCAGAGAGAGGUGACCAGCCUGACCGCACCGGUCCAGUUCACGGUCACUGCCAGCGGUCCACACGUGUGGGAGACCACGGUCAAACUGGCCCUGAUGGGGCAACCCACUCCCUCACCGCCAGGCAAUCAGGUCACAGAGGAAGAGGGAAAAGGAGGGGAGAGGAAGGAGGAAGAGGAGGUCAAAGCACCACCAGAGUUCCAGGCUCCACCCACUGUCAUCAUGUUUCCCAGGCAACAGGAGAUAAGCUCCAAGGGGCUGCGGAGACAGAAGAGGGACUGGGUGAUUCCACCAGUCAACGUGCCUGAAAACUCCAGGGGGCCCUUCCCACAAAUGCUUGUCAGUAUCCGUUCGGACCAGGACCGGAACAUCUCCAUCCGAUACAGCAUCACAGGGGUGGGAGCCGACCAGCCACCCAAUGAGGUGUUCAGUAUCGACCCUGUCGCCGGCAAGAUGUUCGUCACCAAGCCGCUGGACAGAGAGAGGAGAUCAUCAUACCAUCUUCGUGCCCAUGCAGUGAACAUGAAUGGUGAGCGGGUGGAGAGCCCCAUAGACCUGUACAUCUAUGUCAUAGACAUGAACGACAACCGGCCUGAGUUCAAGAACCAGGUCUACAACGGCUCUGUCGACGAGGGCUCCAAGCCAGGUACGUUUGUGACGCACCUGGCAGCCUUCGAUCAUGAUGACAACACCACGGCCAAUGGGAUGGUGCGCUACCGAAUCCUUUCCCAGACGCCACACAGCCCCAUCCCCAACAUGUUCACCAUCAACAGCGAGACCGGAGACAUUGUCACCGUGGCAGCAGGCCUCGACCGCGAGAAAGUGUCCCAGUACAGCAUCAUCGUCCAGGCCACGGACAUGGAGGGCAACCUAAACUUUGGCCUGUCCAACACGGCCACCGCCAUCAUCUCUGUCACAGAUAUCAAUGACAAUCCACCCGAGCUCACCUCCAGAACUUUUUCGGGGGAGGUUCCAGAGAACCGGAUCAAUGUUGCGGUUGCCAACCUGACCGUGAUUGACCGCGACCAGCCACGCUCGCCCAACUGGAACGCUGUAUACAGGAUCAUCAGUGGUGACCCCAUAGGUCACUUCACCAUCAUCACCGACCCACACACCAAUGACGGCAUGGUUACCGUGGUGAAGCCGGUGGACUUUGAGCAGAACAGGGCCUUCAUGCUGACGGUGGUGGUCAAUAACCAGGCCCCGCUGGCCAGUGGGAUCCAGUCGUCCCUCCAGUCCACAUCCGGGGUCACCAUCUCUGUGGUAGACAUCAACGAACCGCCCUUCUUCCCCACCAACCCCAAAUCCAUCCGCUUUGAGGAGGGUGUUCCUGCUGGCACCUCUCUCACCACCUUCUCAGCCAGCGACCCUGACCGCUUCAUGCAGCAAAGCAUCAGGUAUUCUAAGCUGGCCGACCCAGCUGAGUGGCUGUCCAUCAACACCACCAACGGUCAGAUCGUCACCACGGCAACCCUGGACAGAGAGUCCAUCUACGUCAAAAACAACAUUUACGAAGCCACCUUCCUCGCAGUUGAUAACGGCUCUCCCAUGGCCAGCGGUACAGGAACCCUCCAGAUCUAUCUGAUAGAUGUGAAUGACAACGCUCCAUCUCUGCUGCCCCGCGAGUCUCAGAUCUGUGAGCGCAUCAACCGCAACGCCGGCAUCAACAUCACGGCUGCAGACUCAGACACGGACCCCAACGUAGGACCCUUUGUAUUCGAGCUGCCCACCUUCCCCGCCAGCAUACGACGCAACUGGACUGUGUCACGUCUCAACGGUGACUAUGCCCGGUUGAGUUUGCGGAUCCAGUAUCUGAAGCCUGGGGUGUAUGAGGUGCCUGUGAUUGUGAGCGACUCGGGGAACCCUCCUCUCUCCAACAGGUCCGUUAUAAAGGUCAAGGUGUGUCCGUGUGAUGAGAACGGAGACUGCACCCUGGUCGGGGCUGUGGCUGCCGCUGGACUGGGGACUGGAGCCAUCAUAGCCAUACUCAUCUGUAUCAUCAUACUGCUCAGUAUGGUGCUAGUGUUUGUGGUGUGGAUGAAGCGUAGAGAGAAGGAGAGGCAGACCAAACAGCUGCUGAUCGACCCAGAGGACGAUGUCAGAGAUAACAUUCUGAAAUACGACGAGGAAGGAGGGGGAGAGGAGGACCAGGACUAUGACCUAAGCCAGCUGCAGCAGCCUGACUCUCUGGAGCACAUCAUCAGUAAGCCCCUGGGGGUACGGAGGGUGGACGAGCGCCCCAUCAUCCCUGAGUCCCAGUAUCCCAUCCGGCCUGCGGUCCCCCACCCUGGAGAUAUCGGGGACUUCAUCAACGAGGGUUUGCGGGCGGCAGACAACGACCCCACGGCCCCUCCAUAUGACUCCCUCCUGGUGUUUGACUACGAGGGCAGUGGCUCCACGGCUGGCUCCGUCAGCUCCCUCAACUCCUCCAGCACAGGGGACCAGGACUACGACUACCUCAACGACUGGGGCCCCCGCUUUAAGAAGCUGGCCGAUAUGUAUGGGGGAGGGGAAGAUGACUAGGGCCACAGGGGGCCUGGUCAAAGAUCAACUUCCCCAAUCCACCCUACUCAGCUGGUCUGCCAUGCUCUCUAUGUCUUUACAACCUUGGUGGGGUCCUCAGAUCUCCAACUUUAAUACACACCUCACACACACACACCAACCAACUGAACUGACCUAGCAACAGACCAAUCAAUUAAGCAACCGCCAUAGUGGACUGUGCAACAAGGCAGCUUUGGGUCCUACUGUACUGUACUGUACUGUACUAUACUGAGCCCUCUGCUGCUCCAAGACUGUCUAAGACUGAAACUUAUGCUCUCCAGGUUUUUUGGUAGAUUAUGGGGUUGGUUACUUUUGUUGUGUGUUUUUUAUUUUUUUUAUUAUUUUUUAUUAUCUCUUGCUGUCUUCUCUGUCCUUAAAAGCAAGCUAUUUUCUGGUGUUGGGAGGCCAUUGGCUCCCCAUUUCCGCAUCAGCCCCCAGCCGUCCCUUUGCAGAUAGUCCAAGCUGCAUAUUGUGUGACGGGGAAGAAAAGAAAGAGAAACACAGAAUGUCAAUUCUUUCUUCUGCGUGGAAGGCCCUGGUUUAAUCUCUCUGAACUUUGAAUUCCAUAGAACAGAAGCACUGUUGUUUAAGAAGUGCCUUCAGUGGUGCGUAUUAUGUCUGACUCUCGCUAUCUCAGGAUUGGUUCCCAUUUUCUGGGCUAACGUGGGGCACCGCCCCCUUAUAACCCCUCACAUUAGAAAUCUGACCUUCACGUCCAACUUCCUGUGUGUCAUGUCCAUCACCCUGUCAUGCAACAUGGACAGACACAGGAGAAGUUGCAGAGGGAUUUGCCUUUGGGGGUGAGGGGGUAUCAGGAGAGAGAGUGCUCUGUACAAAGACAUACAUUACCAGUCAAAUUUUUGGACCCACCGACUCAUUCAAGGGUUUUUCUUUAGGUAUUUUCUACAUUGUAGAAUAAUAGUGAAGACAUAACAAAUAUGAGAACACAUAUGGAAUCAUGUAGUAACCAAAAAAGUGCUAAACAAAACAAAAUAUAUUUUAUAUUUGAGAUUCUUCAAAGUAGCCACUCUUUGCCUUGAUGACAGGUUUCGAGCGCCAG